AUGGCACCACCUCAGCAGUCCCUACCUGCACUCCCAGAUGCACUCAUUUCUACUCUAUCUUCCAUCACCCUCGCCAUACAGCUCAUCAACAACCCAUCAUCCGAUGUGUCAACUACCGUUGCUGCCUCUCAGAAUUAUGCUGCCGUCCCACUCUACACCUUCCUCGCCGACUUUGCGAACCUUGUUAAAGCUCAUGCUACCAAACUUGGGUUGAUAUCGAACCCACCAAUAGCUGUCUCAACAUAUCCUGCUAUUGCUCGAAUUCUUGUCGAGCUUGCAGAGAAUAUCCCAGCUGCAUCUUCAGCUCCACAGAUUGCAAGCAAAGAACGAUAUGGGUCGAUUACACAUGCUGCCGUAGUAAGCGGUAUGGUAGAUCUGCUAAGGGGGAUUGAAGAGAUGCUACAGGCUAUUCAGAGCAAUAUCUCCGAAGGGGCUGCCACGACGUCUGGAGACUCAACAAAAUCUCCAUAUACCUCUACCGGGCAGAUAUGGUUUUCGGCAGACAAUCUUCUUGCCAUAUCACAAAAGCACCUUAUAGGGCUAGUCGAAUUAAAGCUGCAGUCUCACGCUGAUAUGUUGAAUGACUGCAUAGCAGAGUUCAAGGAAUGGGUUACGGAUGCAACUGAGGAACUCAACGGCGAGGACUCUGGGUUUGAUGAGGCUGAAAGUCAGAGUAGCAGUAUACACGCAGAUCUUGGAUUGAAUGACGACGACGAUUUCUUCGGGAUAGAAGGGAGGGAGAAGCCGAAGGUUACCAAGGAGGUGCUGACUAUGGCCGAGGCAACACAGAAGAAGCUCAAGUUGACGAGUAUAUUGUAUACGGCUGUGAUGAAGAGACGGGUCAAAGAUCCAGUGACAAGACUAGGUGGAGUCUUCAGCACGAAAGCCAAGGGAACCGAAGAUGGGAAGGAAUAUUCGGUAGAGAAGGAAAAGGAUAUCGACAGACUCGAAAGAAUCGUGGAGACUAGCAAGAACCUUGUAGAAAAAGCCGACGAUUUAGCUGCAGGGUUCUAUGACGGGGAUAAUGCCGAUGACAUAGCGGAAUUGCGCAGUGAAUUCGUAGAAGCUGCAGCUGACUUGGCGAAAGCUUGUCAAUUGGGGGGCGACGGAACUGAAGAUACACCAAGUGCAUGGUUCGGGAAGUUUCUGGAGAAUGUGAAAACAUAG